AUGGACGAGGAUGGGAUGUUAGAUAAUGGUAUUAUACCUAUUAGAAACGGACGUUUACCUGGACAAAUUAAACUACCAAAACGUUACGAAUCAGCUUGUCAACCAAAUCCCGCGAUGAAGGUUCCCAGGUAUCGGAAAGUUAGUAUUGCUCAAAUGAAUGGCAACACAAUGAAUGAUCGAAUUGAAGACCUGACGCAAGCUAUGCUGUGGAUCAAACAGGAGUUGAUUAUGUUAAGGCAGCACGAUAUUUUAUUAAAAAGACAAUUUUUCAAUAUUCAAGACACUAUCAAGUCAUUACAUAAACAUUCGGAUUCUAACAUGAAUGGAUCUCUAGAAACAGAUUGUAAGGGGGACCAUUCUGAACCCAUAGUGCAUGUGUUCUUGCGAUCUUCCUCAAGUAUAACAGCAAUAAACGAAAGUGAUGAUGACGAAUCCGGGAGUGACGAUUCAGAUUUCAGACCCCGGACUGCAUCCAUGACAACAUCACGUGAUCUAGCGGCUUUGGCGAGAAGACGAGGAAGUAAAGAACUAAUUUAG